AUGUUUCGUGCACGACGAUAUCGCAUUUCCUUGGUGUUUGCUGCCAUAUUUGUUCUGCUUAUACUCCACUUUAGCCGGUCUCGCGAUCAAUCUGCUGUAUUGCAGGUCCCUCCGCCACCCGUUGAUGAUCAUAAAUCCACCUCCCCCGGCCACGAUGCUGGUGGCCAGGUCAAGAAUGAUAAAGACAAUGGUGAUAACAAAAACCCGGUGAAACCACCAGCACCGCUAGGACAACCGGGGCAACAUCAGCCACCCUCCAAAGGUCCAAAUGACAGACCAGCCCCACCAAUAGAAGCCCCAGGUCGCCCGAACACUAUACCAUCUCAAGACAAGGAAUCUGGUGACCACAGACCCCAGACAGGCGCACAAACACAGAGCAACAAGGAUGAGGGAACUGAAGAAGAUACGUCUUCACUUCCUCACUGGCAGCCAAUGCCCGAACAAUUUCCAAUUAAUCCGGAGACUCUGAUAAGGCUACCAACUGGGCCACCAAAGUCGCUUCCCAAGCUACAGGUGAAAGCCAAGGAUGAAUCAUCCACCGAGAAGAUGCACCGGAUGCAACAACUCGAAAGUGUAAAGUCGGCUUUUCUACAUGCCUGGAAUGGCUAUAAGGUCUCUGCCAUGGGCCACGACGAGGUCUACCCCGUUCGUGGUGGUUUUAGCGAUUCAUUUAAUGGAUGGGGUGCAACCCUUGUUGACACCUUGGAUACGUUGUGGAUCAUGGAUUUGAAGGAGGAAUUCUCCAUGGCGGUCGACUAUUUGAAGAAAAUCGACUUUACAACCACCAAAAAGCAAGACAUCCCAGUUUUUGAGACUGUCAUUCGUUACUUAGGUGGGAUGCUCGGCGCCUAUGAUAUUUCGGGACACAAGUACGAUGUGCUGUUGGAAAAGUCUGUUGAACUCGCAAAUGUCCUGAUGGGCGCUUUCGAUACGCCGAACCGGAUGCCGGAUCUCUAUUAUAUGUGGAAGCCGGAGUAUGCAACUCGGAAUCGCCGAGGGGGUCACUCGGCUGUUCUUGCGGAGCUAGGCUCACUCUCCAUGGAGUUCACGCGUCUAGCGCAAUUGACCAAGGAUAACAAGUACUACGAUGCGAUUUCCCGGAUUACAAACGCGCUCGAAGAUUAUCAGGAUCGCACGAAACUACCGGGCUUGUGGCCCCUUAACAUAGACUCAUCCGGGUGCAGAGAAAUUCCAGGGUACCAGCGAGAGGUAGCCGCCGUUGGGCACCCCGUCCAAGGCUCGCCAUUGUCCCACGAGAUCAAUCCAACAAGCCAGGCGUCGCCCCAUGCGAGCCAAUUCGGUUACAAUGCAGAACCAGCUCACCAUGACAAAGCUGACCCGUCAGAACCCGGUUCUUUGAAAGCACUCGGCAAACGGACACCUCCCCCAAAGCAAGACUGCUAUAGUGGCCUCAAUGAUCCAAUCUCUGGGGUUGACAAAUUUGGUCUUGGAGCUCUUGGUGACUCUACAUACGAGCUCUUACCAAAGGAAUACCUGUUGCUUGGUGGUAACAACGACCAGUAUCUGAACAUGUACAAUAAAGCUAUGGUUCAGGUACGGAAGCAUCUCGUUUACCAGCCCAUGCUUAAAAAUAACCGCGAUGUCCGUUUCCUGUCAACCAUGACUAUGACAAAGAAGCUCGAUGCGGCGUUCACCUACGAAGGCACCCACCUUGCCUGCUUUGCUGGUGGUAUGUUUGCCAUUGGCUCCAAACUGUUAGGGCUAGAAGACGACCUGAAGCUAGCCGGUCAGCUGACGGACGGUUGCAUCUGGGCGUAUGAGGCCACCAAAACAGGAAUUAUGCCGGAAGCAUUCCUGAUGGUCCCCUGUGAGAAGGGGAAGCCGUGCGAGUGGAAUGACAAAACUUACUAUGCGGCCUUGGACCCUUACGCUGCUAAGCGGCUCAAGUCAAACAGUAAACGGUCUGCCGAACCUGAAAAGGGGAACUGGCAUGUCGUCUCAACUUCUGAAUCCAAUCCAUCAGCCGAGAAAGAGGAAACCAAGAAAGAAAUCAAGCAGUCAACCACUAACGGACCAGCGUUCGAGAAGUCAACCACCAACGGACAGACCGAAGGCCAAACCUCUGAUAGUAUGGGAGAGCUCACACAGGAGGAAUUCGUUACGAAAAAGAUCCACAAGGACCGCCUCCCACCAGGCAUGGUAGGGAUCCCAGCCCGUCAAUACCUCCUUCGACCAGAAGCGAUAGAAUCCGUUUUUGUUAUGUUCCGUCUCACAGGUGACUCUUACUGGCGAGAGAAAGGCUGGAAGAUGUUCCAGGCUAUUGAUAAAGCCACAAGGACGGACCUAGCCAAUUCUGCUAUUAGAGACGUCACCGUUGAUGAACCGCGACCAUCAGAUAAUAUGCAGUCUUUCUGGACUGCGGAGACCCUAAAAUACUUCUAUCUCCUAUUCAGUGACCCGAGUGUGAUGAGUCUUGAUGAAUAUGUCCUAAACACCGAGGCCCAUCCAUUCAAACGCCCCGGAUAG